AUGUUACCAUCAUCAUCUGCUGCCGCAUCUUCGCCUUCGAAGAAUAAACAAAACGAAAAGGAAGAUUCCUUGUCAAAAGAACAAGUUAUUGUCGAUAGAAAGUACUAUGAAAAUUUACCACCUCCUUCCUUUAAACAAAUGUCAGAAUUUUGUAGAAACAUUCUCAUGAAGAAAUCAGGAGCCACCUUUCAUAACUCCAAUGCCAAGUUAAUUCCCUACCGAGGAUUCCCAUCCAUUUAUCAUGCAGAGACAUUCUUCAUGUUGGUUUCUGAUCGAUUGGGAUGCAUGGAUUGUCAUUCCUUUCUUGAUCGUUAUGAAAUAAUUGAAAAUCCAAGCAAGGAAAAUGAUGAUUUGAUGAGAAAGAUUAAAAAGAAAUCGUUGGAUCAGUUGCAAAAUUUGAUAAAGAGCAAGCAAGUGAAUGUUUCAAUUUUGGAUACUGGUAGCAGUGAGCAAAUUAAGAGAAUUCCAUUUGUUGUGGUUCAUGGAAGAUAUUCACCUCCUGAAGCUGCAUUUCUAUUACUUGCUUGGUGUGAUUACUUGGUUAGUGUUUUGGAAAAGUUUAAACUUGCCUCAACUGAAACAGAUCAAUUCUUAUUGAGCAGAAUUGAAUUGGUCAAUCGUGUGAGAAAGGCACUUUCAUGGAGAGUUUCACAUAAACACGCUCUAGAUUUGCAAAAGUAUAUGAAGGAUCAGAAAAUUACAGAAUUUUCCUCAUCCAGCAUUUCCAAUAAGGUUUCCUUCAUGAAUGACAAGUUUAAACCAAUAAUUUCACUUCCAAAGAUUGAUAUUGAAAAGAUUAACAAGAUUUUGAAAGAUGCAGAGCUACCAACAGUCAAUUAUCCACGUAAUUUGAGUGAAUAUAAUUCUUUAUUGGAUACUCUUGAAGAAUUGGCUGGAGUGAAUGCAAGUUCAAUUUCAUUCAGAUUGAGAAAUAGAAAAAACUCAAAACCAACCAAAACAGCAGUCUACUCUCCUCAAUUGAAUCAUCAAACCAGAAAGACCAAUUUACACUCCUCCUUAUGGCAUUUCAGAAAGUACAACAAGUUAUUGGACAUUUGUGGAAGAAUUAGAGGAAGAUUAUGUAAUGUCAGUCAUCCGUACAUUACAGGAGUUGCCACACGAAUUGAUAAAAGUGGAAUGACCACUUUUAUUUUCAAAGAUGAACAUUACAUGUUCGAUGAGACCAGUUAUGAAUCCAUCAUGAAUGACAUUGACGUUCCAUCGGUGGUUUUCGUGGCCAUGGCAGUAAGUCUUUUCAGUGUGAGAAAGGAAUUUACCUUAAACAGUCAAAUUCAAGGUAAACUCGAUCCAUUCCUGGUUAAUAUUUUGGAUAUUUGCAGAUUGAGAAAUGAAAAGACAAGAUGGGAUUUGAUUGCCUCUGUUUAUCCAAUGGAAGACAUUGUUUCGAAUUUAUCAGGAGAAGGUAAAUUGAAACUCUUGUCCAAUUUUCUAGAUUUACAAAUUCCAAUGGCAUUCUUUUUACAGAAACAAUACGAUAUUGGAGUUAAAUAUUGCAUUGAAAAGGGAAUGUCAGUUCCUAGAUCUGGAUCUUCCUCAGUUGACUCGACUGGUUACAAUGCAGUUGUUGGAGCUUGGAAUAAUUCAAUUCGUUUCAUUAGAAUGAUCACUAAAACACUCAAUCAACCACCUCCAAUGCUAUUGAAAUGCAUGAAAUUGACAGCUGCCGAUCAAAUGAAAAUGUUUUCCAUGUAUGGAAGAGGAGAACAUGCUGACGUUGCUCUCUUUGUUGAAUUGGUAAAGAAAGGCAUCACUCCAUGGGGUAUUAUCAUUGGAAAUUGCUCUGUUGCUAUUGAGGACUUGAUCAAAUUAUGUAAGAAAUUCAAAAUUGAUCCAAAUACUUGGUUGGGUUAUACCAAUUACAGAGUUUCAGAUGAUUUUGUGUUUAAUGAAUUGAUUUGUGGAUGUGUCAUUCCAAAUACCAGCAUUGCACAAUCUAUUUUGAAAAAACUCAAUGCCUAUGGAUACAAACCUCAUAAAUCCAUUAAGAAAAAGUAG